AUGUCAACUGACCAGGUGCCUCCCGAAGCUGCCCAUCCGCCGUCUUCAGACUAUGCUGCAUCUUCCUACGGUUACGCAUCCUCCGACGAUCCCAUGUAUUCCACGACGGUAACCCCGAUGCACCGAUGGGCGCUCAACGCCUCGGAUUCCCAGUUCAACGCCAUCGCUGGUGCAGUGGGUGGUUUCACCUCAGGCGUUGUGACAUGCCCGCUCGACGUCAUUAAGACCAAGCUCCAGGCGCAAGGUGGCUAUGCUGCUCUCAACAAGGGACGACAUGUUGGCCAUCCGAAGCUAUAUAAUGGCCUCAUUGGCUCAGGCAAGGUUAUCUUGAGAGAGGAAGGAAUUCGGGGCCUUUAUCGUGGACUGGGGCCUAUUGUAAUGGGCUAUCUACCAACAUGGGCAGUGUGGUUUACUGUUUACAAUAAGAGCAAAGGAUAUAUAUCACAGCACUACGAAAACAGUCACUUGGUCAAUUUUUGGUCAUCAAUCAUAGCAGGCGCCAGCAGUACAAUAGUCACCAACCCAAUCUGGGUUAUCAAGACGAGGCUCAUGUCACAGAGCAAUAUCCGACAUAACACCCAAGACCACCACUCGGCAUACUAUCCGAAAGCAUCAGGCACGCCAACAGCGCGACCGACACUACACGAUUGGCACUAUAAAUCCACACUCGAUGCGGCUCGCAAGAUGUAUACUUCGGAAGGUCUCAUUUCAUUCUACUCUGGCCUAACACCAGCUCUUCUCGGUUUGACACACGUCGCUGUACAAUUUCCGACAUAUGAGUAUCUCAAAACUAGGUUUACUGGUCAAGGAAUGGGCGAAUCCAACGAGGAAGAUAACAAGUCCCACGUUUUUGGCAUUCUGGGCGCCUCCAUCCUAUCCAAGAUUCUCGCCAGUACCGCGACGUACCCUCACGAAGUUAUCCGUACCCGUCUACAGACCCAGCGGCGUCCGCUUGCUGGCGAGGAGUUCGCUCAGGGUAUGGGUGUGACGAGUUCAGCUUCCAGUGGUACUCGAGCCCCUGCUGAGAAGCCCAGAUACCAAGGUGUUGUCCAUACAUUUCGAGUCAUACUGGCUGAGGAAGGGUGGCGCGCAUUCUAUGCUGGGCUGGGAACUAACAUGAUGCGAGCUGUCCCAGCAGCGACAGUCACCAUGUUAACAUACGAAUAUGUUAUGAAGCAACUGUACCACACCAGAGCUGAAGCGCGGCAUCUUUUGCUGGAUUCGACAACAGAAUCAUAA